AUGGCGGAUCGCGACGUCCGCGGCGCCGUUCACGGCACCCACGGCGGAGGCCUCGGCCAAGGCGGCGUCCGCCCGGUGGGCGAGCAGGUGAAGGGCAUGCUCCACGACAAGGGCCCCUCGGCGUCGCAAGCCCUGGCGGUAGCGACGCUGUUCCCGCUGGGCGGGCUGCUGCUGGUGCUGUCGGGGCUGGCACUGGCGGGCUCCGUGGUGGGGCUCACCGUGGCCACACCGGUGUUCCUGCUCUUCAGCCCGGUCCUGGUCCCCGCCGCGCUGCUCAUCGGGAUGGCCGUGACGGGGUUCCUCACGUCGGGCGCGCUGGGUCUGGGCGGCCUCUCCUCGCUCACGGUCCUCGCCAACACGGCGCGGCAGGCGUUCCAGCGCACGCCCGACUACGUGGAGGAGGCUCGCCGGCGGAUGGCGGAGGCCGCGGCGCACGCGGGCCACAAGACGGCGCAGGCCGGGUACGCCAUCCAGAGCAGGGCGCAGGAGGCUAGCGCGGGAGGCGGCGGCGGCGGCGGUGCCGCCGGAGGGGCCUCCGGGAGGGCGUCUUCGUAA